AUGGAGGGGGCCUCUGGUCCCGUGCGUUCGAGCUUCUCCGCCCUCUCCCCUCCGGCCCUGGACGCGCACCCCCUCGCCGCCUGGCCACUGAGGAGCCUCGGUUUUCCGCCUCUCUGGCCUUUCCCGUCCACUUCGCGCUGGGCCAGAGAGGGAAAGCGAGGAGGCAGGGAUGCGGGUGGGGAGUCGCGUCUCCGUGGACUCUUCAAGCCGAUCAGCGUGCAAAUUAAUUCCACGCUCCGGCACCCAGGUGUAAAGGGAUCUGUGCUAAGACUCGGCGGCUGGCGGGCGGUGGAAGGCGGGGGGAUUACCUUGAUUUCUCCGCGUUUGAACGCGGACGCCGGAGAUGGUUCGUGGCUGAGCGCAAGGACUCUCCGGCGAAAAGCGAAGGUUCAGCCCUCCGCGGGAACCCGGGGCCGGGGCAGCCACCGCGACAAGUUCCCGGGGAGGCUCCUGGGCGGAUGGCAUCUGCCUCCUGGGGCCGGCCUGUGCCGGCACCCGCGCAGCCUCCAGUGCAGAAGAGAACUCGAGACCGCCCGGGCCGACGGGCUGGUCCCCGCACAACUGGGACGACAACGACCCAAACGUGACCUUUUCGCAGCCCCCGACCCCAAUCCCCAGCCCAGCCACCCCUACACCGGCGAUCCCGAAGGACUGGCGCGGGCCCGGGAGAAGCAGAGGUCUCUGAUCCGGUGGCGUCGUUACCAUUCUUGGCUGUCCACGGGCCCCUCCCAGCGCCCGUCCCAAAGUUCUGCAUUCGCAUCUAUUCCUAAAAAUAACAGAGAAGCCAAAAACCCGCUCCAGCCUCCCGCCGUCUUUCCCAUUUCCCCCACGGGGCUUUCGCAAUCCCCCACACCACCACGUUGUUCCGGCGCGGGUCAGCGGGACGUGGACAGCCAGGGAUGGAGACUUGGAAGUACCUUUGCUGUGUUCGAUUUCCUUUUGGAAAUUCCUCGCGGUUCCCCGCACGGGGCGGCGCCCGCAUCCUACGCGAGGUUCAGCACCUGGCUAGGCGCCUACGAAGACUUCAAGAAGCCCGGCCCACGACACGUUCCAAAGAGAGCGCUGAUCCGCGGGAGGCACGAAGAUUUGGAUUCCUUCUGCAAACAAGCAUCAGCUGCCUGCCACGUGUCCUCCAGCCCGAAUUAG